UGCGGAUCACCAUGGUGCUGUGGGUUGUAGCCUCGUUAUCUGGAGCAGCGGUUUAUACUGUUAGUCAUCUGUUGGUUUCUAGGGGAGGAGGAGUUUUCCAGUGGUUAAAGGAACUUACGAUCUACUACUGUCUCAAAGUUAAAAUCAGACGUUAUCGUCUACCAGAACCCCUUGGUAACCAUGAAACAUCCAACGGUGAUGUUCGGACGUUAGGAAUUUUACCACUGCUUACAGAUGAAGAGCAUGAAAAUCCAAGACAGAUGCAGCCUGAUGAGGUCUUCUUUGGAGCAGUUGACACGGAAGAUCGUAAACUGAUUCUGAAGAUGACAUGUCAUAGAAACCAUCUGACCGAAGUUUGGCUAAUCCUUCAUUUGCCAAAUGGAGAAGUUUUAACUCUUCCCAGUUAUCCAGACAGUCGGGUCCUUACUGUUCAUCAGGGAAGUUACACCGCAUCUGGGCUCAAGAUGACUUGUUUGUCUGCAAUGAGAAAAUGGAGAAUUACCUUUAAUGGAUUAUUGAGAAGGAUAAAGACAUCAUCAUCAUCAUCAGAAGACGAAGAUCACGAUCUUGUUCAUGUUAAGUUUUCCUUCAUAUGGACAAAUAUGUACGGAGUUUAUGAUUUCAGGCAAGAACUACGAUCACCUUUACUAGUUAGAAAGAAAGGCCUAAACCUGUUAUCCGCUGUACAAAGUAUUAACCAGUGUUUACAGUUUUAUGAGCAGUGGGGUCAUAUGACCGGGACACUGUACAUUGAAGGUCAGGAUGAAAAAGAGGUGAACUUGUGGGGGUUCAAGUCAAAAAAUAUUGAUAAUAGGAUUCCAGAUGACCUUGCUAAUUCUCUUCAGAUAUAUGGCUACUUGAAGGAGGGCUCAUCAUUUCAUCUUGGGAAAAACGUGUUUGACUCAAGUUUCUCCACUCAUGGGUACAUAAUGACAUCUGCCGAACAUUUGUUACCUGCCGAUGCUAGUACCCUCUCCAGUUUUUCUCUUGAAAACAACAAGACAACUACUUUCGCUGGUGGUAAUAAAGAGUACAAGGUGAAGAUCAGAAACUUAGGUCAAAAGUUCAAUAUCUUUAGUGGAGUAGAUGGAAAAUGGGAGGUUACUAUCCACUUCAUAAACUUGGAAGUUAAUGGAGAAUCGGGCUGGGGUUUUGUUCUUCUCCAUAACAAGACUGAAAGAAUGUUAAAACCACUGGACGUCCCACUUGAAUUCCCUCUUGUAGACAAAGAGAGUGAAGUUAGCAUCCACAGUCCGUUGGUCGUGAGCUUGAAAAACCCUCUUUGUUGCAAUUCUAAACUGGUUGGGGGAAAAGGAAUGUCUUUAGCUCUGCUGACAAAAUUAAGCAAGAAAUCUGAGAAGUUCAGUGUUCCCAACGGCGUAGUUGUUACUGUUGCUGCUUAUCAAAGUCAUCUUGUGAGGCAUGUUGAAUUGCAGAGGGCUAUUGAGAACCUGUUGAGAACAAAUAGUGGAAAGACACAAGGAAGUUUAGAAAAUGAAUGUGUAAGGUAAGUGAGGAGGUUAACAGUAUCAGUUUCAGUCAGUUUACAUAACUGUGAAGG